CGAGUAACUCCAGCACUCUCUGCAUGCCAUGUGCAGCAAUACCUUCUGCUCCAUCUCUCCUCAUCUGCAUUAAUGGCCACAGUGCUCUGAUUUUACUUUGACAUCUAAUAACUCCUUAUCGAGGAUUUUUUUUUUUUCCGGACAAUAAACAAUUAACAAUAAAACAGGACAUCACGACCCGCUCAACAAUUUCAAUCACCUUGUUUGCGCCUUGUGGAAACAAACUUGGGACACUUUCUCAAGACUGUGUUUAUCAGUGGGAAUAUUAAGGACGAGUGUUUGAAUUUAACUCCUCAAGACUUCCAAAGACAUUCAAAGAAGGCUGAACAGUGAUCGAGAAUGAAUCAGACCGCAGGAGUCACAAACACUUACAGAAGAUGCUCAAAAGGAGGCAAAGAGCUGGUGGGAAGUAACCCUCCGCAGAGGAACUGGAAGGGAAUAGCGAUUGCACUGCUUGUUAUUCUGGUCAUCUGUUCUCUGAUCGUCACCUCUGUCAUUCUGCUGACUCCAGGUGAGGACGAUAGCCUGGCCUUUAAGGGGAAAGUUACAGUGGAAGAAAUCUUCAAGAAAGACUUCAAAGUUCAUGACCCGAACGCUAAGUGGAUCAGCAGUCCCGCUGUGGAGGAGCAAGUGAGGCGACGCUCUGUUUUUGUUGUUCCUGGUAUGAGGAGCCGGUACGAUGCAGCCCCAGAAGCUAGAGAGUGGCGAGGGAGGAACCGCUGGAACUCCGCCACUUGUUUACGGGCUUCCUGGAACCUGUUGAUGACCGAGUUGACGGCGUCGCCGAACAGGCCAGAAGGCGCAAGCGGGGCAUCCAUGAGGAAGACCCUGUUCUUCUCUCUGAUCUCAGACAGGGUCAACCACAAAUGCCUCUCCGCGGCCACCAUAGCUGCCAUAGACAUGCCGAUGAUCAUUAAAGUGGGGCUGGUGGGAUGCAAAACAGUGGAGGCAAGGACACAGAACAUGAUGUUUGUUGAGAAUCAAAGAGUGGCAGCUCUGAUUAAUGCCACGCUCUCCCCACGAUCUGAAAUGUACAAAGCCAGCAAAUAUGAGGUUUCCCCAGAUAUGAAACUCGUUCUGCUGGCCUACAACAUGCAGCUGGUUUACGAGCACUCCUUCACUGCGGACUACAUCAUUUGCAGUCUGGAAACUCCGGAAACGUGGAUUCUGAACCCUCCAGAAGUGCGAAACGCUCAUCUGCAGUAUGCAGGAUGGGGACCGCGAGGCCAGCAGCUGAUUUUUAUAUUUGAGAAUAACAUCUACUAUCGGGCCACUGUGGAGAACAGAUCCAUCCGUCUUGUUUCCACUGGGAAGGAGGGUGUGAUAUUCAACGGUCUGAGCGACUGGCUCUAUGAAGCGGAGAUCUUUAAGUCCCACAUCGCACACUGGUGGUCUCCGGAUGGGGCCAGGCUCGCGUAUGCGACCAUCAACGACACGCUGGUGCCCAAAAUGGAGAUCCCCAUGUUCACCGGCUCCAUCUACCCUACAGCAAGACAAUACCAUUACCCCAAGGCAGGAGAGGAAAACCCUAUCAUCUCUCUUUAUGUGGUGAAUCUCAAUGGCCCUCUGCACACCGUUGAGAUGAGAAGACCGGAGGACCAAAGAAUAGGUGAGUGCUAUGUGACGAUGGUGAAGUGGGCAACAAGCACGAAACUGGCUGUAAACUGGUUGAACCGAGCCCAGAAUAUCUCCAUCCUGACCCUCUGUGUGGCCACAACGGGUGUCUGCACCAAGAAACAUGAGGAUGAAAGUGAGGGGUGGCUGCACAGACAGGAUGAAGAGCCGCUGUUCUCUAAAGACGGUCUGAGGCUGUUCUUCACCAGAGCAAUCCCACAGGGAGGAAGAGGGAAGUUCUUCCACAUCUCCAUGUCCAUCUCACAGCCCAACAGCAGCACAGAUACCCUGCAGUCCAUCACAUCAGGAGACUGGGAUGUCACGCAGGUUCUUGCGUAUGAUGAGGACAGCCAGUUAAUAUAUUUCCUCAGCACUGAGGAUGACCCUAAAAGAAGACAUCUCUACAGCGCAGACACGGUGGGCACCUUCAACCGCCGCUGUCUGUCCUGUGAUUUCACUGACAGCUGCGGGUACGUCAGUGGCUUCUUCAGUCCCAGCAUGGACUAUUUUCUGCUCAGUUGUAAAGGUCCUGAUGUUCCGUAUGUGACGGUUUACAGCACCCAUGACAGACAGAAGGUGCGUGACAUCGAGUUGAAUCUGAACUUGAGGAGAACGGUGAACUCGAUGCAGAUGCCGAAAGUGGAAUACAGAGAGAUAAACAUAGAGGAUUACAGCCUCAGCAUGCAGAUACUAAAACCUGCAGGCUUCAUAGGCACCUUACACUACCCACUUCUGCUCCUUGUAGAUGGGACUCCAGGCAGUCAGUCGGUCUCAGAGCAGUUCCACAUUGACUGGGCGUCAGUGCUGGUCAGCAGUUUUGGGGUGAUUGCAGUGCGCUUUGACGGCCGUGGAAGUGGCUUCCAGGGGACUAACUUACUCCAUAAGGUGCAGCGCAGGCUGGGAAUGUUCGAGGAGAAAGACCAGCUGGAUGCCCUCAGUAUUUUGAUGCAGGAGCCAUAUAUUGACAAGACCAGAAUUGGAGCUUUUGGGCAGGUGUAUGGAGGUUACGUCACCAGCCUUCUGCUCAGCUCUGAGGACUCCAUGCUCAAGUGUGCUGCAGUGCUCUCACCCAUCACAGACUUUGCACUAUAUGCUUCAGCUUUCUCAGAGAGAUAUCUAGGCCCUCCCAAGCCAGAUCGGAGGGCAUACGAGAUGGCCAACCUUGCAUACAGAGCGUCUCAGUUCAUCGAUAAGAAGUUUUUAAUCAUUCAUCCAACAGCAGAUGAACAAGUUCAUUUUCAGCACACAGCCAAAUUCAUCUCCAGGCUAAUCAGCGAGAGAGCAAAUUACACUCUGCAGAUCUACCCAGACGAAGGACACUUCAUUCACAACGAGGGAACGCGGCAGCACCUCAGUCAAUCGCUGGUCAACUUCUUCGAGGAGUGUUUCCGGCUCCCGGACCGAGUGUUCGAGGAGGCGCUAGAGGAGGAGAGCGAAGAGGAGGGUUAGUCCACCCGUUCCAUGAAGUCCAAGCACAAAGCCAGCUCCUUUUGCCACCUGAUAUGCAACCCAUAGAUUUGAACCCUCCAGUUUUCAGUUCCCUCCCGGUGUCGCAUGCUGACUCUGAGACCGCCCUGCCUCGUGUUCCUGCCUCAGCUCCCCUUCAGGUGCUCCUCACUAUCCAUCAACCCUCGACAGACCGCGGCCGUGCAGCGCGGCGUGGCAUCUGGCUGGCGCCACAUCGUCUCGCUCUCCCCUGCAGGCCAGUUAGGAGCUUCUGAAGGAAUCUCUGGUCUGUCCAUCUCACAUUGACGAAUGAGACGCUGCGAUAUUAACUGACCGCCAAGCGCGAUGACCUUUGAAUCCCUAAGAGCUGUGAGACUCGCAGCUAGACUGAGGGGUCAUUCGGUGUUUGAUUCAAAUAGGUAUCUGGUGUUUUGGGCAAAGGGAUUGUUGUCGGGAGAACGUGUCAUUUGUGGUUCAAAAGGUCUUCGCAUGUCCAAUUGUGCUCGUGUCUGGUGUUGCAAUGUAAAGUCGCACAUGAAAACCAUUCACUUGGAUAUCGAUAAAACUUGUUUUCAGUGUUCAAGCGUGUCCGAGUCUUGGAAAUCUUGUAGCCUCAAGUGUGUAUUUAGAUGGUGUUUAUUCAUUGCAGAAACUUCAUCAAGCAGAAGGGGAGCAAAAACGAUUCGCAUUAUUCUCGCAGACCAUGACAGUUGUACAAGACUGUUGAUCCCACUUCUCAACGUGCGUUUCCUUGAAGUGAUGGUCUGUCAGUGCUGAAGAAAGCACUCUAUGUUGAUUUAGUCACUGUGCCUUAUUACGGGAGCGAACAAGCGUUUUCGAGGAGCCUCCUUGUGAAUAUCAUCACUCAUUCAAGGCUUACGUUGGAUUGACUAAAAUCCUGUAUCUAAAACGCUCUUGUUACAUUGUCGAUGACAUCACGGUAUACAUUAUUGACUGUAAUAGCAUUGCGAAAACACUGUUAUUUUCGUUUGCGCGCAUGUGAGCCAGUGUUGUUUUAGCAUCAACAAAAACAAACUCGCUCGCAUUCUGCUAAUAGCGGUUUUCCAUCCACUUUAAGGAUCGGGUAAUGGAGCAUGAAAUUAAAAUGUAUGAUUUCAACAUUACCUCAGUAUUAAACUAAAGCCCCUCUGAGGCUUUACAGACACUUUGUAGAACAUUUGUUAAUUCAUGCCCAAAACAAAUCUGUACAUAAAAAGUAUAUUAAGUAGGGUAGGAAACACUUCUGUGUUAAAGGUUCACACAAAAACAACAAUUCUGACAUUGACUCAGCCCUUGUGGCGUUCCAAACCUGUAUGACCGACUUUGUUUUGGAGAAGAAGAAAGAGAUGUUUAGCAGAAUGCUCAUGCUGUUCUUUCAAUACAAAGAAUGUCAAUGGAGUCGUUGAAUGGAAACAAGUCUUCAGUGUUUCAUAGAAGAAAGUACAGUAGGUUUUCCAGGUUUGCAGUGAGGUUGAGUGUAUGUUGGCAGAAUACGGUCCCUUUAACGCUCAUGAAAUACAGUACUGUGUAAAUGUUUAACAUUACAGCGGUGGAAUUUUCAUUAUUUAAGUCACAUAUGCUAUGUUUGUAUGUUUUGCACAGUGCUGUAUAUGAACAGUUAUUGGUUGUAACUUUUGCCUAUAAAAGCUCUCGAGGAUGAACUUUUAUUUAGUUUGAAUGAAAUGUUCAUGUUUGAUCUUGAUGCAUUCAUAGUGCAUGUCGAAAAACCAUUUGCAACUCAAAAGCUAUUUUUUAAAAACCGUCAAAUAUCUGCAUAGUAUUUUUGACGGCUUGAAUGUUCCGACCUGCAUUUCAUUACCGGUAGUUUUGUGAGUGAGAUCUCAGUCUUGUCUGCUUGAUAUAUAAAUGUUACUCAAAUCUCAUUUAAGUCUCUGAAUAUGUGAGUGUUUCUUGUACAUAAAGCGUUUGAAGGUAUGUUGUUCUCCCGUGUUGUCGAGCAGAGCUCCGGAAGUCAUGGUUACUACGAUCUGAAAUGAGCACUGAAAAAUCACAUGGGACCAAGAGAAUGAUGGGAUUGCUGUUUACUGGCUCAGCAAGAACAGGCAUAUUUUGACACCUCUCAGAAUACAAACUAUUUUAUCAUCACCUUUGUUAUGAUUUGUUUUCCUCACUUGGAGAAAAGAGGAUGAAUAUGUAAGCAACCAAAAUAAACUGAAAGCCUUCAAUGUUGAUGUCCUGCUUUCUUGUGAAUUAAGUAAAUGAUUGCAUUUACAUGCAUGACCUUAAGACGACGACCUCUAAGGUCAUCUUAGAAGGUGUUUUGUUUUAUCUGGGAAAGGUCAUAAAUGGUUUAAAUAAAACCCA